AUGAGCUCGAGAGACAGACGGAGCUUAGCCGACUGAGUGCUGAACUUGAGACUGUGUCUCAGUCACGUCUCAAGUCCUUCUCACUUUCCCGUAUUUUGUUAUCGAGCUCUAAACAUUUUAAUUCUGAUUUACCAACCUUUGGGUUACACUGAAGAUAAAAGUGUCCCAAGUUUCUCUCCGAGUUGCGUGAGAGACUGCGCACGAGAGGAGGAACGUUCAACUGAAUCCAACAUGUCAAUUUUACCGUUCACUCCGCCGAUUGUGAAGAGGCUGCUGGGCUGGAAGAAGGGAGAGCAGAACGGACAGGAGGAGAAGUGGUGCGAAAAGGCCGUCAAGAGUCUGGUGAAGAAGCUGAAGAAGACGGGACAGCUGGACGAGCUGGAGAAAGCCAUCACAACUCAGAGUGUCAACACCAAGUGUAUCACUAUACCACGAUCACUAGAUGGUCGGUUGCAGGUAUCUCAUAGGAAAGGACUUCCUCAUGUGAUCUACUGUCGUCUAUGGCGCUGGCCUGACCUGCAGUCUCACCAUGAGCUCAGAGCGGUUGAACACUGUGAGUUUGCCUUCCACAUGAAAAAGGACGAGGUGUGUGUCAAUCCCUACCAUUACCAGCGCAUCGAGACACCAGUUCUUCCCCCAGUGCUGGUGCCUCGUCACACUGAAAUCCCCAGUGAGUUUCCUCCUCUGGAUGACUACAGUCACUCCAUCCCAGAAAACACAAUUUUCCCCGCAGGCAUCGAGCCCCAGAGCAACUACAUACCAGAGACGCCCCCUCCAGGCUAUAUCAGUGAAGAUGGAGAGACCAGCGAUCAUCAGAUGAAUCGCAGCAUGGACACAGGGUCUCCAAACCUGUCACCAAACCCUGUGUCUCCUGCCCACAAUAACUUGGAUCUACAGCCUGUGACAUACUGUGAACCAGCGUUCUGGUGCUCUAUUUCAUACUAUGAGCUGAACCAGAGAGUUGGUGAAACUUUCCAUGCCUCCCAGCCCUCUUUAACAGUAGAUGGAUUCACAGACCCAUCCAACUCUGAGCGCUUUUGCCUGGGCCUUCUGUCCAACGUCAACCGUAAUGCUGCUGUGGAGCUCACGCGCAGACACAUUGGCCGGGGUGUACGUUUGUACUACAUCGGGGGUGAAGUGUUUGCAGAGUGUCUGAGUGACAGCGCCAUUUUUGUUCAGAGCCCCAACUGUAACCAGCGUUACGGCUGGCACCCUGCCACUGUCUGCAAGAUUCCACCAGGCUGUAAUCUGAAGAUCUUUAAUAAUCAGGAGUUUGCAGCUCUGUUGGCCCAGUCUGUGAAUCAAGGCUUUGAGGCCGUGUACCAGCUCACCCGCAUGUGCACCAUUCGCAUGAGCUUCGUGAAGGGCUGGGGAGCCGAGUACAGCAGCAGACAGCUCUAUAGGAUCAUGGCAGGGCAUGACAGUCUGUUCCGCCCAGUCUGGCAUGCUCUGGUGAAGGGCUCUGAUGUAGCAAGACAACCUGCUGUCCACCAGCUUAGCGUGUCAGUCGUAUAAACUGUUAGGUCUGCACUGGCAAAUCAUGCCACACCAAGCAAACUCACACAUGCUGUACUUGGAGAAGUGUCAAAGAUUCUUGGUCUAUCUUUCUCCCCCCUCUUGCUCUUGUGAGUAACUUCAUUGUUUCAUUGUUGAGCCAAGGCCCUAAUCAGAAGCAGUUGUGGGUUUUAACCAAGAACAUCCACAGGGAACGCAUGAGAAGAGCGAGUGGGAAAGAGUGAGACUGGUGUGAGAGAGAAUUGGACUGUGGUUUCCACACAGCUUGGCCUGUGGAGACAGUCUGAGCAAAGUCAGGUUUCAGCAGACACCCACUCCCUUUCUCUCACGCCCCUCCACCUCUCUCCACCUCCAGCUCCCCCUCUUUAAGCGGUUAAACUCUUCCUGGUGCCAUUUAAAAAUGCCACAUUUGAGCUGUUUAUUUUGGCUGUACACUUUAUUUUUACCCCAUUAGACAUUUUCAUUAAGUCAGCAAACAUCAUAACGUAGGACAGCACAGUGCCAGUGUCUUGAGCUCAACGUCAUAUAUUCUUUCAAUUUGUCUGUCACCUGAUCUGCCCCAGAUUCCUUGGUCGAUAACUACAGUGCAUUCAGAAAGUAUUUAGACCCCUUCAUUUUUUCACAUUUUGUUAUGUUGCAUCCUUAUGGUAAAAUGCUUUAAAUUAUUUGUUUUUUCACAUCAAUCUACACUCCAUAUCCCAUAAUUACAAAGCAAAAACCAGAUUUUUGAUAGCUUUGCAAAUUUAUUAAAAUUAAAAAACUGAUAUCACAUUGACAUAAGUAUUCAGACCCUUAACUCAGUACUAAGUUGAAGCACCUUUGGCAGCAAUUACAGCCUCAAGUCUUUUUGGGUAUGAUGCGACAAGCUUUGCACACAUGGAUUUGGGGAUUUUCUGCCAUUCUUCUCUGCAGAUCCUCUCAAGCUCUGUCAGGUUGGAUGGGGACCGUCGGUGGACAGCCAUUUUCAGAUCUCUCCAGAGAUGUUCGAUUGGGUUCAAGUCCGGGCUCUGACUGGGCCACUCAAGGACAUUCACAGAGUUGUCCCCAAGCCACCCUUGUGUUGUUUUGGCUGUGUGCUUAGGUUCAUUGUCCUGUUGGAAGGUGAACCUUCAGCCCAGUCUGAGGUCCUGAAUGCUCUGGACCAGGAUUGCAUUAAGGAUAUCUCUGUAUUUUGCUGCGUUCAGCUUUUCUUCAACCAUGACCAGUCCCCCAGUCCCUGUUGCUGAAAAACACCCCCACAGCAUGAUGCUACCACCACCGUGCUUCACCGUUGGAAUGGUAUUGCGCAGGUGAUGAGCGGUGCCUGGUUUGCUCCAGACAUUACGCUUGGAAUUUAGACCAAACAGUUCAAUCUUCAUUUCAUCAGACCAGAGAACCUUGUUUCUCACAGUCUGAGAGUCCUUUAGGUGCUUUUUUGCUAAUUCCAAGCGGGCUUUCAUGUGUCUUGCACUGAGGAGAAUCUUCUGUCUGGCCACUCUGCCAUAAAGCCCAGAUCAGUGGAGUGUUGCAGUGAUGGUUAUCCUUCUGCAAGUUUCUCCCAUCUCCAUAAAUGAUCUCUGGAGCUCAACCAGAGUGGUUCUUGGUCAACUCUUUUACCAAAGCCCUUCUACCCCGAUUGCUCAGUUUGGCCGGUUGUUCCAUACUUCUUCCGUUUAAGAAUUAUGGAGGCCACUGUGCUCUUGGGAACCUUCAAUGCAGCUGAAAUUUUUUUGUAGCCUUCCCCAGAUUUGCGCCUCGACACAAUCUUGUCUCUGAGCUCUGCAUGCAGUUCCUUUGACCUCAUGGCUUGGUAUUUGCUCUGAUAUGCAUUUUCAGCUGUAAGACCUUAUAUAGACAGGCGUGUGCCUUUCCAAAUCAUGUCCAAUCAAUUGAAUUUGCCACAGGUGGACUCCAGUCAAUGUAGAAACAACUUAAAGAUGAUCUAGAGAAAUGGGAGGCACCUGAGCUAAAUUUCAAGUGUCAUAGCAAAAGGUCUGAAUAGUUAUGUCAGUGUGACAUUUCAGUUUUUUCUUUUUAAUUCACGAGUUCGUUUGCCCAUGUAAUCUUUAAUCUUUUAAGGUUAAACUUAUUUGGCUUGCUGUCCACGGUGGUGGGGCUCGAGGAAGCAGCUUCAACUCGAGCUCUAAAUUUAUCAUCUCCUUAAAACUUCAAUGUAAACGGCCACUGUUAUGAUUGGCUAACAUCGUGCAGCCCCUCAAAUACAGCCAUAUAUAUUUGAAACUCAGUCGGAAGAGAAUGAACAAGCUCCACAACAAUAAAAAACUAAAUUUCAGGGUUUACACAUAUCGCACAUCCAACACAUUGUAUUUGAAAUGUAUCAGACUGUUCACUUAAGCACAGCAGCACCAUAAACUAUAAAUAUUAUACGGUCCAAUAGUGUUUUUAACUGCCCCAUCUUUCAAUAUCAGUUCCAUUGCAAAGCUUGAAUCAUAUUGUGACUGGUUCACAAGCAAUCCAUAUUGAUAUGAGCCGAAAACAGAUAUAAUACAUGCUGAAAUGAGUCGAAAAAACAUACAGUCCACCCUGAAAAACACAUUAUACAAUCCACGAUGAAACAUGACCCGCACAUAUACUGUAUCAUCCUGCACUGAUGCGAUCAGGAACAUUGUUAAGCUUCAGUCACUAUUUCCUGAUAUUGGGAUGCUUCAACAGAGGCCAAAGCAGAGAAGCUGGUCUUCACAGGCACAACAUCUUCCAUCCUCUGUCUACUCUGGAUGAGAGGCGGUUCUCCCCGCCAGCAGCAACAUUGGAAUGGAGCAGCUCUUAAAACGCAGCACACAUUGCCGAAAACUCAUCAGAACGGUCCAAUGUGUUCACCUAGUGCAUGUUUACAUAGACCAGCGAUUAAAAAUAGCGCAGAUGGUUGCAAAAAUGUGUCCAUGACGCAUUUAUACUCAAAACAGCAAGAUGCAGAAUGGGAGUCUCCUUUUAAGAGUUAUAACUUGGCAUUGCGUCUUUUAAAAGCGGCGCGAGAUGCAUGAUAACGGUUGAAGCAGUUCAUCUGUUGCAUGUUUAUGUAGAUAAACAUUUAAAAAUAGUCCAGAUGGGCACAAGGUGUCCUGUGUAAGUUCCCUUUAGUGUACAGGAAUAUUAGACACAUCUGUCUUGUUCUACCAAUUCACCUUUCUGACUGAGCGCCAGUGUGCGGGCCAAGGAUGCGAUGAUGUUAAAGUAGGUGUUGAUGUCUUGCUGUAGAGGCAGUCAUGUGAUGAUGUAUUCAUCUGUGUGACUUCACGGUAGGGAAAAUCUUUGCAGCUUGGUUUAAAUAAAUGCUCUUUUUGUAUUAAGGAAGAAGUUUUGAGUUCUGAAGCUUGCAGUAUGUUUUUAUAGUACAAUGAACUCAUGUCAAAAGAUCAAGGAAAAUUGUAUUCCUUAUGUCAUGACCACUUUAAAUUAUGUAUCUGCCAUUGUUCUCCCAAAAUCUGACAUACAAAAGUUGCACUCAGUAAAAUUUGGAUGUAUGCUGCGCCAACACCUAGCAGCGUAGAUACUGCAUCACGCAAAGCAGAUGUUCUUAGUUAUUGAUGUCAUUGUAAAAAUGAACUAUGUGCAGUCAACCAUGAUUAACUUAUUCCACAAAUGAAAACAUCCAAUUACAAGGGAUUAUUGAGAUAAAGUAAUCGUACCCAAUGAACCCAGCCCGUACCCAACCCAACUGAUACUUUGAAACUUUAAAUGUUCUUUUUCACAGUAAGUGAAUGGAAAAGGUAAAUCUGGCGUUUAGGAAGAGCCUUUUUCAUUUACUUCCUCUACUUCCACUACUUUUUUCUCUCUCUGUCCAUCUGGAGGCUGUGGUCUAUGCUUAUGCUCUAUUUCAGCACUGCCCUCGUGAACUGUCUGGGAUCUGUUUGUAGACAGCUGCCUGAGACAUUCAUUGAAAAACUAAUUUCAAAGAAAGGCACAAUAAAACUAUCAAUAAACAACACUGCUAGAAAACAACAACAGUGUGCAGCCACAUCAUUGUUUCAUAAAGCUGUAAGGAAUAUAUGUACAGUAUAUUUAAAGUUAAAAAGAAAGAUUGCUAGGCAGAAAAUGAGGACUGUUCUUUUCUAAAAUGACUCUCCCAGUGCUUAAGUGACUGUAACUCAUGCAGGAGGUGGACUAAGAUUUUUGGAGGAACUUGCAUGUGUGUGUGGGAGGAAAGAUUAGUAGAACUUUCAGUGAGUUGUGGAACGUGAACAGUGUGAGGUGUCAUGAAUGAGGGUUCCGGGGGUAAGCCUACUCACGUGUGUGUGUGCGCGUACACGCGAGGCAGACUAAGACGGGCGUUGUGUCAACAUUGUGGAAUGUAAGAGAAUGUAUUUGGCUGCAAGUUCUUUCCCUGUGAGGGACUAGAGCUGAGCUCAUAUCCUGACAAAUCGGAACCAGAGCUGUCCUGAACGGAGUUCUGCCUGUCAUUCACAGUAAAGUAUGUUAGUGGAUGAUUUAUCAAUUAUAUAAAUUUAAAAAAGAAUAAAUUUUAAAACACCAUAAUUGGUUUGAAAGAACCUUAAUGUGUAUUUAUGUGCAAUCAUACAGUGGCCCCCAAUAUUAUUUUGACACUUAUGCCACGCAUAAAAAUAUAUGUCGGUCAUUGCAUUAGAUAACAGCAUAUCAAACCACGCAGCGUUUAUUUCAAAGAAAGUUAGCACAAACCCUUUUCAAGCACAACAUUUCACAAAAAGAACUUUGUUAGGUUUUAAAUGAUAAAAUAAUAUAUACUGCUCAAAAAUUAACUCACAAGGACAUGUCCAAAGUUGGAAAUGUGAUGAACCUCUUUACACCUGUGGUUACUCUGCUAGGACAACUGUAUGAACUUGAGGGUAAUUGACUUUAUACAUCCACUAAACAUUGCUUUGGGACCAGUUGGUUCAAAGUAAAGCAAAGCUUUGAAAUUUGUAUUCUUUAUAUUGAGAUAAGAGGUCAGUCUGUGACAUUUAAAGGAAUAUUCCGGGUUCAAUAUAAGUUCAGCUCAGUCGACAGUAUUUAUGGCAUAAUGUCAAUUACCACAAAAAAUAAUUUUGACUCAUCCCUCCUUUUCAUUAAAAAUGCAUAAAUCAAGGUUACAGUGAGUCACUUACAAUUGAAGUGAAUGUGUCCAGUCUUUGGAGGGUUUAAAGGUGGAAAUGUUAUAAAACUACUUAAAAUAAUUAUUUUUGCAUUAUUUGAGCUAUAAAGUUGUUAAAUUGUAAUUUUUACAGUCAUUUUAGGAUUUUAGUGUUUGUUAACAUUACGUCAUCAUGGUUACAAAGUUGUAAAAUUGGCUAUAACUUUACACAGAAAAGGUUAGUAAGUGAUUUUAUCACACUAAAAUCAUGUUAACAUACAUAUUGAUUAUGUCUUGUGGAUAUACUUUUGAAAGUUAUUAUUUUUACAUUUACGGACUGGCUUAUGUAAUCCAGAUUUGUGCUUUUUUUUUUAAAGAAAAGGAGGGGUGGGUCAAAGUAAAUGUUUGUGGUAAUUAAUAUUAUGCCAGAAAUGCUGUCAAUUGAGCUUAAAUUAUAUUGAACCCAGAAUAUUCCUUUAAAUCCUCUAUUGGUCAUUCAUCUUUUCGCUAUACGGAUUCUCAGGUUAAUCAAAUUUUAAUUUUGGUAUGUAGCAAAAACACAAAACUUCUAAACAUAUGCUUGUGUUUCUGCUCUCCUACAUUUGCAUGAAUAUGAAUAGAAGUGAAUGGACUACAAAUUGAAAAAGAAGUGAAGAUAUUUCUGAGGAAAGGGCUAGCAUCAUUUGCUUGCAGCUGCCACUUGGUUUGAUAUUUUGUUUUCAAAUGUGUUCACAUUCAUACAUUUACCAAGUGUCCAAAUACUUUUUGGAGGCUACUUCUGCUUUUCUUACCUCUUUCUUUGUCUUUAUCUCUCUUCUUUGUAUG